UCAACGACCACCAUCGCCCUCCUCCAUUCUCUAUUCCUUAGGUCGACAUCAUGUUGAGGGUUACUCUGCGACCAUCAACAUCUCGUAUUCUUGCACGCUAUGCACGAUUGCAGGGCGUUCGUGGGCUGGCUACUGCUCAAGAACCAUACGACACCAUUGUAAUCGGAUCUGGGCCGGGUGGUUAUGUAGCCGCUAUUAAGGCCGCUCAGCUGGGUCUUAGGACGGCCUGCAUCGAGAAGAACGACACGCUCGGCGGCACCUGCCUCAACAUUGGUUGCAUUCCCUCCAAGGCAAUGCUGAAUAACUCACACGCGUAUGUGGAAGCACAGCACGAUAUGAAGAAUCGCGGUAUUGAAAUCGAAGGUGUUUCCCUCAACCUUGCCCAAAUGCUCAAGGCAAAAGAGCAAGCCGUCACCUCUCUCACGAAGGGUGUUGAAAGCUUGUUCAAGAAGAACAAGGUCGACUGGGUCAAGGGGACCGGUUCAUUCGUCACACCAAACCGCAUUGCCGUCAAGAUGAACGAUGGUACCGAGACGGAACUCGAGGCAAAGAACGUUAUCAUAGCGACUGGAUCCGAAGUGACUCCUUUCCCUGGCAUCGAAAUCGACGAGAAGCAGAUCGUCAGCUCGACUGGCGCUCUGUCCUUGGAGAAGGUACCGGAGAAGAUGGUUGUCAUUGGAGGGGGAAUCAUCGGGCUAGAGUUGGGCAGUGUCUGGUCUCGUCUGGGCACUGAGGUCACCGUUGUCGAGUUUUUGCCUGCUAUUGGUGCUGGUAUGGACGAAGAGGUCGCUAAAUCCUUCCUCCGCAUCAUGCAAAAGCAGAACAUCAAGUUCAAGCUCAGCACCAAGGUUCUCUCGGCUGAGAAAUCCGAUGGCAAAGUUCUCGUAAAGGUCGAUGCUGCCAAAGGCGGCAAGGAAGAGACAUUAGAGGCCGAUGUACUUCUCGUGGCAAUCGGUCGUCGCCCCGUUACAACUGAUCUUAACCUGGAGAAGAUCGGCGUCGAGGUAGAUGGUAAGGGUCGGAUCGUUAUCGAUGACCAAUUCAACACGUCCGUGCAAAGUGUCAAGUGCAUCGGUGAUGUCACCUUCGGCCCUAUGCUUGCGCACAAGGCCGAGGACGAAGGUAUCGCUGCCGCCGAAUAUAUCAAGACUGGUCAUGGUCACGUCAAUUACCAAGCCAUCCCCUCAGUCGUCUACACACAUCCAGAGGUUGCAUGGGUCGGCAAGAACGAGCAGGAGCUUAAGGCCGCCGGCGUCGAGUACAAGAUCGGCAAAUUCCCCUUUGCUGCCAACUCUCGGGCCAAGACGAACCUGGAUACGGAGGGCUUUGUCAAGUUUAUCGUGGAGAAGGAGACAGAUCGUGUGCUAGGUGUUCAUAUCAUUGGUCCCAAUGCUGGUGAGAUGAUCGGGGAAGCUACCCUUGCCAUUGAGUACAGCGCCAGUGCUGAGGAUAUUGCACGAACGUGCCAUGCCCACCCCACUCUCAGCGAGGCUUUCAAAGAGGCAGCACUUGCUUCCUAUGACAAGCCCAUCAAUUUUUAGGAUAUCUCGCAUUUUGUGCACAAGUAACCUAAUUCAAAAGGCAUCUCCAG